AUGGAUAAUGUGUCACUUCCGGGGAGUAUGCAGUCUCCAUGUAACUAUUCACAUCCUAACUGCAGCACAUCUCCACCUUGGAUAUUGUACCCAGAUUUCUACAUCUGGCUGCCUGUGGUUUACUCAGUCAUUUGUGCCGUAGGGCUCACUGGCAACACGGCUGUCAUCUAUGUCAUACUGAAAGCCCCAAAAAUGAAAACCGUCACCAACUUGUUCAUCCUGAACUUGGCAAUUGCUGAUGACCUUUUCACACUGGUGUUACCUAUCAACAUUGCUGAGCACCUGCUGAACUACUGGCCCUUUGGUGAGAUUCUUUGCAAAGUGAUCCUCUCGAUAGACCACUACAACAUCUUUUCCAGCAUCUACUUUCUCACAGUGAUGAGCAUCGACCGUUACCUGGUAGUGCUUUCGACGCUGCAGUCCAAGCGCAUGCCCCAUCGCACGUACAGAUUUGCAAAAAUGGUCAGUGUGUGUGUGUGGGCACUUGUUGUUCUCAUCGUGGCACCAUUUACCUUCUUUGCUGGCAUUUAUGUGAGCCCUGAUGAUGCAGAGAGCAGGAAGAGCUGUGUAUUGAGCUUCCCUAGCCCUGAGAGCUUCUGGUUCAAAGCCAGCCGGAUCUACACCCUGGUCUUCAGCUUUAUCCUUCCCGUGUCCACAAUUUGUGUCUUAUACAGUCUAAUGCUCUACAGGUUGAGGCAUACACAUCUGAUUUCCAAUGGUAAGGCACUGGAUAAAGCCAAGAAGAAGGUGACCGUUAUGGUUUUUGUGGUGCUUGCAGUGUGUCUGUUCUGUUGGACCCCAUUUCACUUGAGCACUGUGGUGGCCCUGACCACAGACCUGCCUACAACUCCACUGGUUAUUGGCAUCUCCUAUUUCAUUACCGGCUUGAGCUAUGCUAACUCCUGCCUCAAUCCUUUUCUGUAUGCCUUCCUGGAUGACAGCUUCAGGAAAGCAUUUAAGAAAAUACUGGAAUGUUGA